ACACCCCUCACCAUGUCGGAGUCAGAAGAGAACGGAGAGGGACCCCCCAAGGGGCUGCCAUCUUUCGCCGAAGCCAUGGGACAGCCCCUGGGGUGGCCGAUAGGCGAAGCCAACGGGGGUCCGGCGGGCGGAGGGACCCCCCCGGGUCAGCGUCACCGACGUCCCCCCCACACCAAGCACAAGGGUCAGGGCUCCGGGGGGGUCCACCGUUCCCCCCGUGCCCUCUUCUGCCUCCGCCUCAACAACCCCAUCCGCCGGGCAGCCAUCAGCAUCGUUGAGUGGAAGCCCUUCGACAUCCUCAUCCUCGCCACCAUCUUCGCCAACUGCGUGGCUCUGGGGGUCUACAUCCCCUUUCCCGAGGAUGACUCCAACGCUGCCAACCACAACCUAGAGCAAGUGGAGUACGUCUUCCUCAUCAUCUUCACGGUGGAGACCUUCCUGAAGAUCAUCGCUUACGGGCUGGUCCUGCACCCCAGCGCCUACAUCCGCAAUGGCUGGAACCUCCUCGACUUCGUCAUCGUCAUCGUGGGGCUUUUCAGCGUCAUCCUGGAGCAGGUGUCCCACAAACCCGGUGAAGCCCACCACAUGAGUGGGAAACCGGGGGGCUUCGACGUCAAAGCCCUGCGUGCCUUCCGCGUUCUCCGGCCCCUCCGCCUCGUCUCCGGCGUCCCCAGCCUCCACAUCGUCCUCAACUCCAUCAUGAAGGCUAUGGUGCCACUGCUGCACAUCGCCCUCCUCGUCCUCUUUGUCAUCAUCAUCUACGCCAUCAUCGGCCUCGAGCUCUUCAUCGGCCGCAUGCACAAGACCUGCUUCUUCAUCGGAUCUGACCUAGAAUCAGAGGAGGACCCCUCCCCUUGUGCUUUUUCGGGCCACGGCCGCGCCUGCCUGCAGAACAACACUGAGUGCCGGGGCCGCUGGGAGGGUCCCAACGGUGGCAUCACCAACUUCGACAACUUCUUCUUCGCCAUGCUCACUGUCUUCCAGUGCAUCACCAUGGAGGGUUGGACUGACGUUCUCUACUGGAUGCAGGAUGCGAUGGGCCAUGAGCUACCCUGGAUUUACUUCGUCAGCCUUGUCAUCUUCGGCUCCUUCUUCGUCCUCAACUUGGUGCUGGGGGUGCUGAGCGGGGAAUUCUCCAAGGAGCGUGAGAAGGCCAAGGCCCGCGGAGACUUCCAGAAGCUGAGGGAGAAGCAGCAGCUGGAGGAAGAUCUCCGGGGUUACAUGGACUGGAUCACCCAGGCUGAAGACCUGGAGGGUGAUGAGGACGAGCACGAGAAGCACCGCCUGACCGCCGAGGACCUGAUGGGGAAGCGGAAACCGCGUCUGAAGUGGCUCCGGCAUGCCAGUCACUCCACCGACACCCACGCCAGCCUUCCCGGCAGCGAGACGACGUCGGUGAACACCGAGACGGUGGGCGAGGAGGAGGCGCAGCCCACUGCCUGCGACCGUUGCCUGGGCAAAAUUACGAAAACGAAAUUCUGGCGCCGCCUGCGCCGCCUGAACCGCCUGUGGCGCCGACGGUGCCGCGGGGCGGUGAAAUCCGUCUCCUUCUACUGGACGGUCUUACUCUUGGUCUUCCUCAACACCCUCACCAUCGCCUCCGAGCACCAUGGGCAACCCCCUUGGCUCACCCAAACGCAAGCUUACGCCAACAAGGCGCUGCUGUCGUUGUUCGCCGCCGAGAUGGUGUUGAAGCUGUACGCCUUGGGUCCCGCCUGUUACUUCGCCAGUUUUUUCAACCGGUUCGAUUGUUUCGUGGUGUGCGGCGGGGUGUUGGAAACCGCUUUGGUGGAACGAGGGGCCAUGGAACCCCUGGGAAUCUCCGUCCUCCGCUGCGUCCGUCUCCUCCGCGUCUUUAAAGUCACCAGGCACUGGGCGUCGCUGAGCAACCUGGUGGGUUCCUUGUUGAACUCCAUGAAGUCCAUCGCUUCCCUCCUGCUCCUCCUCUUCCUCUUCAUCAUCAUCUUCGCCCUGUUGGGCAUGCAGCUUUUCGGGGGACGCUUCAGCUUCGACGAGACCCAGACCAAGCGCAGCACCUUCGAUACCUUCCCUCAGGCGCUGCUCACCGUCUUCCAGAUCCUGACGGGAGAGGACUGGAACGCGGUGAUGUAUGACGGGAUCAUGGCCUACGGUGGCCCCGUCUUCCCCGGAAUGCUUGUCUGCGUCUACUUUGUCAUCCUCUUCAUCUGCGGCAACUACAUCCUCCUCAACGUCUUCUUGGCCAUCGCAGUCGACAACUUGGCCGACGGUGACAACAUCAAUUCGGGGGCCGAUAAAAAGGACAAGGCCGGGGAGGUGGAAGCCAGCGCAGCGAGCCAGGACGUGAGCGUGAAGGUUGAGGGGGAGCAGGAGGAGGAAGAGGAGGAGGAGGAGGGGAGCGAGGAAGGUGACGAGGAGGCCGGGGGGGAGCGGGACAGUCUGGGGGGCGCCCGGCUGGAAUCCCUGGAGGAGCCCCCCAAAACCAAGGUGGUGCCGAUCCCCGAGGGCAGCGCCUUCUUCCUGCUGGGCAGCACCAACCCGCUGCGGGUGCGGUGCCACGCCCUCAUCCACCACCACGUCUUCACCAACCUCAUCCUCGUCUUCAUCAUCCUCAGCAGCGUCUCGCUGGCCGCCGAGGACCCCGUCCGCGCCCACUCGCCCCGCAACCACAUCCUGGGCUACUUCGACUACGCCUUCACCUCCAUCUUCACCGUGGAGAUCCUGCUCAAGAUGACGGCCUUCGGCGCCUUCCUGCACAAAGGCUCCUUCUGCCGCAACUGGUUCAACCUCCUCGACCUGCUGGUGGUCGGAGUCUCCCUCAUCUCCUUUGGCAUCCACUCCAGCGCCAUCUCAGUGGUGAAAAUCCUGCGGGUCCUGCGCGUCCUGCGGCCCCUCAGAGCCAUCAACCGUGCCAAGGGCCUCAAGCACGUGGUGCAGUGCGUCUUCGUGGCCAUCCGCACCAUCGGGAACAUCAUGAUCGUGACCACGCUGCUCCAGUUCAUGUUCGCCUGCAUCGGGGUGCAGCUCUUCAAGGGCAAGUUCUACAGCUGCACCGACGAGGCCAAACACACGCCAGGAGAGUGCAAGGGCACCUUCCUGGUGUACAAGGACGGGGACGUCUCCCACCCCUCAGUGCGGGAGCGCCUCUGGCACAACAGCGACUUCAACUUUGACAACGUGCUGGCGGGGAUGAUGGCGCUCUUCACCGUCUCCACCUUCGAGGGCUGGCCCGCGCUGCUGUACAAGGCCAUCGACGCCAACGCCGAGGACCAGGGUCCCAUCUACAACUACCGAGUGGAGAUCUCCAUCUUCUUCAUCGUCUACAUCAUCGUCAUCGCCUUCUUCAUGAUGAACAUCUUCGUCGGCUUCGUCAUCAUCACCUUCCGGGCGCAGGGGGAGAGCGAGUACCGCAAUUGCGAGCUGGACAAGAACCAGCGACAGUGCGUGGAGUAUGCCCUGAAGGCGCAGCCGCUGCGGCGCUACAUCCCCAAGAACCGCACCCAGUACCGCGUCUGGGCCAUGGUCAACUCCACCGCCUUCGAGUACAUCAUGUUCGUCCUCAUCCUCCUCAACACCAUCGCCCUGGCCGUCCAGCACUACGAGCAGUCCAAGCCCUUCAACUACGUGAUGGACCUGCUCAACAUGGUGUUCACGGGGCUCUUCACCGUCGAGAUGGUGCUCAAGAUCAUCGCCUUCAAACCCCGGCACUACUUCUGCGAUGCCUGGAACACCUUUGACGCUCUCAUCGUGGUGGGCAGCGUGGUGGACAUCGCCGUCACCGAGGUCAACAACGGGGGUCACGUUGGUGAGAGCUCGGAGGACAGCUCCCGCAUCUCCAUCACCUUCUUCCGGCUCUUCCGGGUGAUGCGGUUGGUGAAGCUGCUCUCCAAGGGCGAGGGCAUCCGCACCCUGCUCUGGACCUUCGUCAAGUCCUUCCAGGCCCUGCCCUAUGUCGCCCUCCUCAUCGCCAUGAUCUUCUUCAUCUACGCCGUCAUCGGCAUGCAGACCUUCGGGAAGGUGGCGCUGCAGGACGGGACCCAGAUCAACCGCAACAACAACUUCCAGACCUUCCCCCAGGCCGUGCUGCUGCUCUUCAGGUGCGCCACAGGGGAGGCCUGGCAGGAGAUCAUGCUGGCCAGCCUGCCGGGCAAGCGCUGCGACCCCGAGUCGGACGCGGGACCGGGCGAGGAGUUCACCUGCGGCAGCAACUUCGCCAUCGCCUACUUCAUCAGCUUCUUCAUGCUCUGCGCCUUCCUGAUCAUCAACCUCUUUGUGGCUGUGAUCAUGGACAACUUCGACUACCUGACACGCGACUGGUCCAUCCUGGGCCCCCACCACCUGGACGAGUUCAAACGGGUCUGGUCCGAGUACGACCCCGCUGCCAGGGGCCGCAUCAAGCACCUGGACGUGGUGACGCUGCUGCGCCGGAUCCAGCCCCCCCUGGGCUUUGGGAAGCUCUGCCCCCACCGGGUCGCCUGCAAGCGCCUGGUGGCCAUGAACAUGCCUCUCAACUCGGAUGGGACCGUGACCUUCAACGCCACCCUCUUCGCCCUGGUGCGCACUUCCCUCAAGAUCAAGACGGAAGGGAACCUGGACGUGGCCAACAAAGAGCUGCGUGCCGUCAUCAAGAAGAUUUGGAAGAGGACGAAGCCCAAGCUGCUGGAUGAGGUCAUCCCCCCGCCCGAGGAGGAAGAGGUCACCGUGGGCAAGUUCUACGCCACCUUCCUGAUCCAGGACUAUUUCCGCAAAUUCCGGCGGCGGAAGGAGCGGGGGAUGCUGGGCCCCAACGCUGGCCCCAGCAACGAGUGUGCGCUCCAGGCCGGGCUGCAGACGCUGCAGGCGCUGGGCCCCGAGAUGCGGCGGGCGCUGAGCUGCGACCUCGAGGGCGACGACGACGAGGGACCGGCCGCCACCAAGGAGGAGCAGCUGACCUACGCCGCUCCUGAGACCCUGUAUGGCUCCGCCCCCAGCCCCCCCCUCCUGGGGGAGCCCCCCCCGGCCGGCAGCCCGGCCCCCACCGAGGGGGAGGACCCCGCGCCCCUUCCCCACAUCGUCCCCAAUCGCCUCGGCAGCAGGCGGCGCUCGGAGGCGGGGGGACAGGAAGAGCCAGCCCCCCCUGAGGACAGGGAAGAGCCGGGGGGGGAGCCGGGCGACAUCAGCCACGAAGAGGACCUGGAGGGCUCGGCCCCCCGCCACCGGUGGGGCGGGGACAGACCGCUGGGGACCGUUCCCGCCCCCCUGCCCCCGCGCUGGGCGGGAGAGGGGCCGCGGGGGGGGUCGCUGCCGCUGCCCUCCCGGCACUUCGCCCUCCACAACGGGACCCUCGAAGGGCAGCAGCUCAAGCGGCGCCGGCUCCUGCCUCCGACCCCCGCAGGCCGGAAGCCCUCCUUCACCAUCCAGUGCCUGCGGCGCCAGGGCAGCUGCGAGGACGAGCCCAUCCCGGGCACCUACAACCCCUCGGGCCCCCCCGGCCCCGCACGGCCCCAGGGCUACGGCAGCUCCGAGACUUGGCGCCUGGGGGGCUCCUCGCACGCCUGGGCCACGGCCCCCACCCGCGGCCACGUCCUCUACGCGCCCCUCAUCCUGGUGGAGGGAGGACCGGCGCCGGGGGUGGGGGGGGGUGUCGCGGGAGGAGGCGGGGGGAGCCUCCCCCCGCUCUCACGCUGGUUCGUGGGGGACCGCGGUCCCCCCGGCCCCCUCCGCCUGCGACCCUGCGGACCUCGGGACAGGCUGGGCCGCGGCUCCGCAGACAGCCUGGUGGAAGCCGUGCUCAUCUCGGAGGGGUUGGGGCUGUUUGCCCGCGACCCCAAAUUCGUGGCGGUGGCCAAACGAGAGAUCGCCGACGCUUGCGACAUGACGAUGGACGAGAUGGAAAGCGCCGCUACCGACCUCCUCACCCGCCGCCGUCCCACGCCCCCCGCCCCCGCCGCCGCCACCGCCGCCGUUUACAGCGACGAGGAGCCGCUGCGGCCGCCGGCGGAGGAGGAGCUGGCCGACGAGAUGGCGUGUGUGGGCGGCGGGCUCUAGGACCCCGCAGCUGCCGGAGGGAGGCGCUUGCGAGGGGUCACUGGGGACGGGACGGGGGGGUUUACCUCGAAAAGAGGAGGAUUUUCCUCCACAAAAAGGACUGUUUUCCUCAAAAAAAAGAG